GUGAUUAAUUGUGAAUUGGUUUGCUGGCCCAAACGAGCCACUGUCCUCGUGAUCAGGCUGAAGGUGUUGAAGUUGCGAAGAUGCGGGAUCGUAGAGGCUUCGGUGAAGAAGAUGGUGCUUCCUGUGUCCAUGUUCGGCAAGGGACUAGCUGCCUUGGAGUAUCUGGACAUCUGUGAGAAUUGGAUCCCUGGAAAGAGUAUUGUGAGGAUUUUGAAGUUUCCCAGGAUUGCAACUAUUGUUUUCUCUGAGCCCUAUGGAUCUUUUGAGAGAGAACUGGAAAGUCAUGGAUUCACUCUCAAGGAGGAUGUUGAGGUACCUCUGCCAAGGACAGCCGGGUGGCUGGAUGAGUAUUAUGACAACAAAUUCAAAGCUGUGCCUGUCCCUCUUUCAUCAACAGCAAAAAGUUUCUAUGGAGGAAACACAGAUAUGCUGAAUCUGUCUCGCAUCAAGUCAAAGAUGGCGGCUUCCAGCGCCGCGUUGCACGUGCCUUCCGAUCAUGCUUUUUCUUCGCCGUCUGUUGAAGUUCAAUUCAUCGGUCAAGAAAAGGGACGAGGACUCUUCUCAUGCAAGAGUUUUAACAAAGGGGAUGUGAUAUUCCGAGAGCAACCAAUUGUUUGCAGCCAGUUCCUCUGGAAUGAAACUUACAAGUAUGCAGCAUGUGAAUACUGUUUGAAGCCACUGGAGACUGCUGAAGAGAAUGUGAGGAGACUCUGCAACAGACCUGAUAUCAUUCUACCUUUCCCUGAGUUAUGCAUUCUCGACAAGUUCUCUAUUACAUCUUGCCCUAAUUGUGAGAAAAGGUAUUGCUGUAGUUACUGUCAGCAGCGAGCAUGGACUGAAUACCAUGAGACUCUCUGUCUCAGGGGGACCAAGUCAAGUCUCUCCCAUCAUCCAUUAGUCCAGCUUCAGGAAGCAUGGAAGCAGAUGCAUUACCCACCAGAAACAGGUAGCAUCAUGCUGCUGUGCAAAAUGAUUGCUAGAGUAUUGCAGUCUGAAGAUAAGAUGGCCAUGAUGGGGGCAUUUAUGCAGAUGUGUCAUCUUAUUGAAGCUGAGAGUAUGGAGUUGACCCACAAGCUCCUUGGAGAGGAAUUUCAGUCACACUUGGAUCUUCUUCAUUCUUCAAUUCAAAAGUCUUUCCAGUCACCUGACAUUCAUUUGUGGUUGACCCCAGGUGGAUUUCGUUCUCUGGUUGCCCUGGUUGGACGGAAUGGUCAAGGAAUUGGGACAAUCACUGGGAAAGAGGAGUUACUGCCAAGAUAUCUGAACCAAGCUUCUCACAGGAAGAGAAAUUGUAUGAAGAAAUUGAAUCAGGCGAUGGUUGGCUCCUUCCUGGACACAGAAGGCUCAGGAUUGUACUCCAUCCAGAGCUGCAUUAAUCACAGCUGUGUGCCAAAUGCUGAGAUCACAUUCCCAGACAACAAUUCUACAUUGGCUGUUGUUGCUCUGCAAGACAUCCCUGAAGGGACUGAGAUCCUCAUUUCUUAUUUGGAUGAAUGCACACUUAAGAGAAAGUGGAAGACAAGAAAUUCCUUCCUCAGGGAAAAUUAUUUAUUUUCCUGCGACUGUGAACGGUGCAGAAAUGAGUCUCAAAUGUCUAGUACCUGUGAUGAUGACAGGCCGUAA